AUGUCAAUGAGAAUGCGCAAGCUGUUUGCGCGUCGUUUUGCAGGCGGGAAGAGUUGUUCCUGGUGGUGUCGUCUGCGGGCGAUGGGUGCUGCAGCUCAAGUUCGAAGUUCGAGCUCAGAAAAAAUCCAGACGCUAAGGCGCAUCCACCCCGUUAGCGUGCCUGACCCCGGCCCGAGCGUUUUGCCGAGUAGCCCACACGAAUUUGGUCUUUUCUCAACUUCAUUCUCUCCACUACUAACGACAGGACAUCACCACCCUGAAAUCGACAAAAUGGUUCGCUACGGAGCAACCAGCAUCGACGGCGCAAAGUCUGCUCGCGCGCGCGGCAGCUACCUCCGCGUAUCCUUCAAGAACACCCGCGAGACCGCCCAGGCCAUCAACGGCUGGAAGCUCGAGCGUGCCCUCACCUACCUCGGAAAUGUCUUGGAGCACAAGGAGGCCAUUCCCAUGAGGCGGUACGCUGGCGGAACUGGACGCACUGCACAGGGUAAGGCUCUCGGUGUCUCCCGUGCCCGCUGGCCCGUCAAGUCCGCCGAGAUCCUUCUCGGUCUCCUCAAGAACGCUGAGGCCAACGCCGACACCAAGGGUCUCGACACCAGCAACCUGAUCGUCAAGCACAUCCAGGUCAACCAGGCCCCCAAGCAGCGCAGGCGCACAUACCGUGCCCACGGUCGUAUCAACCCUUACAUGUCCAACCCCUCUCACAUUGAGCUCAUCCUCACCGAGGGUGCCGAGGUUGUCAAGAAGGGUCCCGAGAACAUCGAGCGCCGUUUGAACUCGAGGCAGCGUGGCAAGGAGGUCCGCAAGGCCAUCACCGCUGCUUAGAUGCAGAAUGAGGAAGAAGGAUAUUUCACCAAAUGAAAAAGGUUCGGAACAGGCACGGUCAGGAGUCAAUGAGCGAUGAAUCUUUGGGUCUUUCACACUCGUCAUGUAAUCAUGACAUGGGACUUCGGUGUCUGGUCGAUGAAGAAACAAGGCCAAAGCCUGAUACCCAAUUCACUCAAACACUCCCA